AUGUUACAUAUCCGUCCGUUACGUAAUAGUACAGUGUAUGAUUUUGCUGUACAACUAAUGCGUAGAAAAAUUCUCGAUCAGUUUAUGUAUUUUAAACGUAUAGAUGUUGUCUUCGAUUCUGGUCUUAGUAAUGAAGUCAAAUCUUUUAUCAAGCUUCAUGGUGACAAUAAGAAUAGAGUUACAUACGAAUUUUCGCGAGAUGUCAAAUUACCAACUGGAAAAACGUACGAUGACUUAUUGCGAGGAAAUCGUGCACAUUUAACAGCUGUCAUUGUGCAAUGCUGGUGUGAGCCAGAUGUAGUAGAAUGUUUACCAGAAGGUAAACUUCUGGUAGUUGGUGGAACUGGCGAAGAUGCAUUUAUGUUAGAGAAAAUGUUGCCACCAUCAAGUAUAUAUGAAUUGAAUAGUAAUCACAUUGAAGCUGAUACUCGUAUGCUAUUACACGUGCAACGUGUUAUCGAUACAAAAUGUAAAAAUAUUGUAGUAAAAUCAAUUGAUACAGAUGUUGUGUAUUUACGCAUUUAUUAUGCUAGUUUUAUCGAUGUUAAAAUUCUAUGCGUUGAUUGCACGAUGCCGCAGAAAGAUAAACAAAAGUUCAUCGAUUGCACAAAUAUUAGUCAUGAAUUAGUAAAAGAUUAUCGUAUGAAUCCGGAAAUUUUAUUACCUGUAUAUGCUUUAUCAAGGUGUGAUACGUGUUCAUAUAUAAGAAAUAUUAGUAAAUUAACAUUGUUAAACACAUUUUUUAAACACUAUGAUCAGUAUGUAGAACUUGAAAAAUUAAAAAACUUUCCUACAGCGAUCGAGGAUAUACAAGCAGUAGAAGAAUUAAUAUGCAAUUGUUUUUCUCAUGAUACUCGUUCUUCAAAAUCGUCAUCCAAUGUAAGAAUUCAACAGCAAGUGGUAUCAAUCGAUGCAUUACGAGCAGUUAUGGCUAUGAAUGCAUUAAAGCAAAAUAAAAAAAAUAUCGCAUCAACCUUACCACCUACAAGUGAUGCAUUACUGUACCAUUCUUUACGAGUGAGUCGUCAAAUUCAAAUUUGGCAGCAUGCAUUAGAUGCCCAUAUUAAAUAUCCGGAGUUAAUCCACAGUGGUUAUGAAAUGGUCGACAACUGCUUAAAAACAAAAUGGACAACAAAACGCCUCUUCCCACGGAUCGUUCGUUACAAACAUGUGGUAAAUACCAAAAAUGUGUUCAGUCAAAUGUCAGUCAAUUCAUCUCAUACGAUUGAUCAUGAUUACUGUACUAUUUAUGGCCAAGCAGACUCUGAUAUUGAAAGUGACGAUGGGAUUAAACAGUAUGAAGAAAACGUUGAAGACGACGAAAAUGAUGACGGUGAUACUCUAUUAGAUGAUAAUUUUUCUCGUGAGGAAAGCGAUGUCGAGGAAGAAGAAGAUUUUGAGCAUGAUUUCUCAGUCAAUUCUGUCGAACAAGAACUUCAAAAGAAUUUAUCUACCAAUUUUCCUCCUGCGGCUACUAAACGAUCAAACACUUUUGUGUCUUCACAAACACCUCCAGGUUUAAAACGGGUAAAACUGUCAUUGAAUGAAUCACUAAACAUGUCAAAUUGCCAAAGAGAAUUAUCGAGUAAUCACUCGCGAUAUCUGGCAGCGCAACCACAUAGACGUUAUGCAACUUUUAAUGCACUUGAUGAUGAUUUAGAUGAAUGA